CGACAGAUCCCUUAUCUUAUUGCCCUUUUUCCUCUUCGAUGAGUCCUUUCGGCUUACGAUUGAAGAACACUCUUCGAACACUUCGAGUCUCACCCACACACGGCUCAGACACAAUUUUCAAGAUUUGAAGCUCGUAAAGCAUGGGUUGCCAAGAGAGGAAGCACAGGAAAAGAACAAAAGAAGAGACGAAUUGAUUGAGGAAUGGCGAGGGGAAGCCAUGGGAACAAUACUGGAGCUUUCUUUGUGGCCACUUUGGUUCUGUGGUUUGUCUCUGUUAUGUUCGAGAUCCUCUUCCAUAAGAGAACGGAACUUGUCUAUGUGGUUGCUGGUUGCUGUUUCUACCAAAUUGCCAACUGGGUCAUCCGAUUCUUUGUAUUUCAUGAUCCUCUUUUUGUCAACACCUGCGUCUCUUUGCUUCAUUCCUCCGUUACUUCUGUUUCAGUCAUUCUCAUCUUGGUUAAUCAGUGGGCAACAAAGGGUUUAAGUGCGACGUUUAACCAUGAUCAGUUGUUUGGAGGGAUGUGGCCUGGUGUAUACCUGGCUUUGUGCUUCUCCUGUGGUUACUUUGCACAUGACCAGUGGGAUAUACUCCGGUUCCGGCUGUAUAAUGGAGUGAUCCCUUCAAUCCUUGUACACCACUUGCUACAUCUGGUUUGGUUUACACUUGCUUUGUACCGAAGAGUCACUGUAAACUAUCUUAUUCUGACCCUUAUUUGUGAGCUUCAUUCAAUAUUCCUACACGUGAGGAAAGUGCGGCGAAUGGCUGGAGUACGGGACACAAAUUCCAAAUUUGUGAGAGUAGAAUGGGCACUCAACUGGAUCACCUUCUUCCUAGCGAGGCUCGGUUCACACAUUCUCAUCACAAUCAAGCUCAUUAAAGAUGCGUCCAAGUUCGGGAAAGGUGUUGAACUCCCACUAGCCCUUUUUGGGAUGGUGGGAAUGAAUUUGCUCAAUGUCAUUCUUGGCCUUGAUCUCUUCAAAGCUUAUAGAAGAGAGAAGAAUGAACACCCUAGACAUCAGGAAUGAAAAGAGGAAAGGGGAAAAAAAAGGAGAAUGUCAUGUUAUUUUCCAGUGGCAUUUGAAUUUUUGGCUACAUCUGGCUGUAAAUUAAGAGGAAAAAAUUAUUUCUCUAAAAUGCAGUGAUUUAGAUUGAUAACCAAUAUGUUAACAGGAGAAUGUAAAGGCCAUUUUUUUUUUUUUUAUUAAAAUUAUUUGUGCCUUUCAAAUGCAACCUAGUUAUACUUUUGCCUUGUUCUAGGACAGCGAGUUACUGUAAGCAGAAGGAUACAACGUUUAUAUGCAAUGGAUCAAUUUGUAUUUUUUGUGAUA